AUGCUGACAAAUUAUACUAUGGCCUUUGACCCACAUGCUCAGGGAAUGGCACCUGAAGGUGUAGUACCCCCAUCCCAACAGCCUAAUCUUCAUCAAAAUAUACCCCUUGCUCAGCAGCAACAACAACAACAACAACAACAACAACAACAGCAGCAGCAGCAGCAGCAAGUACAGGUUCCAUUUCCCGAGUUAUCAACAACUGACGUAGCUUCUGACAUGUCUACCUUCAACUUGAGCCAUAACCAAACUUCGCAGCAGAUACAGCACCAACAAUUCCAACAAGCACAAGCCCAAGCUAUUAACGCUAGGUAUCAGCAGCAACAAGCGCAACAGAAACAACAAUCUCUACAUCACCACCACCAUAGUAAUUCCCACGAUAUAUCCUCUCAGGAUAUGCAAGAUGUGGUGAAUAUCAAACAAGAACCACAAUCAACUGACAAAUCAAUAUCACAGCAAAGGCCACCGCUACAAUCACAACAAAAGAGUCAUAAUCAUUCCUAUUUAAACUUACCACCACAUAAUCCAUUUGAUUUCAAUUCGUACCCCAUCACUAACCCACCAAUUUUUGAUUCUACACUUAUGUUGCCGUAUUCCAUCGAUGGUGUACCCAGAAGAAGAAGAAUUUCUAUAUCUAAUGGUCAAAUUGGUCAAAUUAUGAAUCAUGAAGCAUUUUUUGAUACUGAUGAGUUUAGUUCUUUAGAUGAUGAUUUUACUCAACGAUUUAAUGACUAUGAAUUAAACAAGCCAGGUGAUCCAACGUCACAACAGCAGGAAAUACCUCUAUCUCAGCAGCAACAGCAGCAGCAGCAGCAUCAUCCUUCGCAAACUGGGUUUGUUGGUGAUGCUCAACAUGGUUUCACUAGUAUAACACCUGCUAGUGAUAAUGACUCGUCUGCUAGUACUAUCCCUACUGCCUCCGUCAGUAAUAUGACAUCAGCCACUUCGACUCAACUUACUGGUCCAGAAGUUGGUAUGCAUCAUGUACCUGUGGCACAACAACCUCAACCUCAACAUGCAAUGCAUCAACUUCAACACCAACCACCACCACCACUACAGCAGUUACCACCGCCAGCGCAAUCAGCACGACUGAUUCAACAUCCACCACCACCACCACCACAUCCACAACAACAACUCACUCCAUCUCGCCCCAUAUCACCACCAGUAGCCGGUAUCCCCCCACCCAAUCAUCUGUUAAUCUACAAUAAUGAAGUCAUCUACAACCCAAACAAUGGACCCAUAAUGGGCACAGCCGCCUGGAAAAAGGAACGAUUAUUGGAACGUAAUCGAAUUGCUGCAUCCAAGUGUAGACAACGCAAAAAACACGCCCAAAUGGCAUUGCAAGAUAAUGUGAAUAAGAUGGAAAAGGAUUUGAAAUUGAAACUGGACCAAGUGAAUCAUUUGCAACUGGUUUUGAGUAAUUAUAAACUGAAUAUAAAGAAGUUUUUGGAUAGUGAUGAUAAAGAUGAGAAGUUGUUGAAAGAUUUGUUGGAUUUUGUGUAA